AUGGCGUCGUCCAAGCUCGUCCCGUCCAAUCCUUCGGACGUGAUGGUCAUCCGUGAUCUCACCCCCAACCUCACCACUCUCUCCGUCCCCUUUCUCCGUGCCGGCGCCAUUCGGAUCGGCGGACGUGCUACCCUCGCUCGUCUCCCUACGGGCAACCUCGCCGUCUUCUCGCCCGUCGCCUUGACCCCCGAGGUCCGAACCAAGAUUGACGAAUUGGCUGGACCCCGGGGAGGUACCGUCUCCCAUAUUGUCGCCCCUGACCUCGAGCACCACAUCUUCCUUUCCGAAUGGAAAUCCGCUUUUCCCGGCGCCAAGCUCAUCGGCCCUGCCGGUCUCCCCGAGAAGCGAGCGAAGACCGCCGCUCAGCACAACCCGGACCCGCGCAUCAAAGACGACCCUUUCGCCGUCGUCUUCCCCCUCGGCGACGAGGCGAAGAAGCGGUCCGUCAAAGUGGACCCGGACUUCGACGCUGCCUUCGACUACGAAUUCGUCGACGCCCAUGCCAACCGCGAGAUCGCCUUCUUCCACCGCCCGGACCGCACCCUCAUCCAGGCCGAUCUGCUCUUCAACCUUCCCGCCCACGAGCAGUACUCGCGCGUCCCCGAGGACCAGCGCUCGACCUCACGACUCGCUGAUCGCAUUUUCACCGCCCUUCAGACCACCGAAGGUGACUUGACCUGGGUCCGCCGUUUCCACUGGCACGUCGCCUCUCGCCGUAACCGCCCCAGCUUCAAUGCCAGCAUCAGGCGCAUCAACCAGUGGGACUUUGUCAACAUUGUGCCUUGCCAUGGUGAGACCAUGCUAGGCGAUGGCAAAGAGAGGUUCCGGAACGUUUUCGCCUGGCAUCUGCAAGACGAGCCCAAAUAA